UGCAGCUCUUCAUCUAAUCAGCUCACUGUGGCUGCUUUUUAUUUGACUAUGAUUUUAUUUACAUCUUUUUUAGCAGUGAAGAGUUAGCAGUCGCUAACAUCAUGUUGACUAAGGUUACAGGAAGCUGGAAGUACUUCACAAUAAAAGCUUUACAGUGGUUGGCCAUCUGAAUUGAGAAGUAGUGACUGAAAGUAUGAAGUUUAACUGUAAAGAUGACAGAAACACAUUGGUGAUGACAGUAAUAAACACAGGAGCUUCCAGUCCUGCAGUGAUCUCAGAUCAUGUGACAUGUGUGUUGUUGUGUGUGUUCAGUCUGUCAGGAUGUCUGAUCACAGAGGAAGGCUGUGCUUCUCUGGCCUCAGCUCUGAGCUCCAACCCCUCCCAUCUGAGAGAGCUGGACCUGAGCUACAAUCAUCCAGGAGACUCAGGAGAGAAGCUUCUGUCUGCUGGACUGGAGGAUCCACACUGGAGACUGGACACUCUCAGCCUGCAGCCUGCUGGAGUCCGAUGCUUGACACCAGGUCUGAGGAAGUAUGCCUGUGAACUGGAACUGGAUCCAAACACAGUGCACAGAUUCCUCAAACUGUCUGAUAACAACAGGAAGGUGACACAUGUGGAGGAGGAUCAGUCAUAUCCUGAUCAUCCAGACAGAUUUGAUGUAUGUCAUCAGCUGCUGUGUAGAAAUGUUCUGACUGGUCGCUGUUACUGGGAGGUCGAGUGGAAAGGAUGGGUUUUUAUAUCAGUGAGUUACAGAAGAAUCAGCAGGAAAGGAGGCAGUGCUGACUGUUGGUUUGGAUUGAACGAUCAGUCCUGGAGUCUGGUCUGCUCUGAUGGUCGUUACUAUGCCUGUCACAUUAACAGAAAAACAUCCAUAUCCUCCUCCUCCUCCUCUGUUUCUCACAGAGUAGCAGUGUAUGUGGACUGUCCUGCUGGCACUGUGUCCUUCUACAGAGUCUCCUCUGACACACUGAUCCACCUCCACACCUUCAACACCACAUUCACUGAAACUCUGUAUGCUGGGUUUAGAGUCUGCUCUGGCUCAGUCUCUCUGUAG